CCUGAAGGUGCAAGUCGUCGUUCCUGAAGGUCCAUGGGGACUCGCACCAGCCAUACUGGCUCAAGCCUUUGACGAUGGUUUGGCACAAACCUUGUCGCGGGUUCCACGUUUGCGGUCGAUGAUCAGGACGUUUUCGAGCCUGAGCCAAGCUGCGCUGACAUGUAGAAGUGCAACCUGACACUUUAAGUUGUACUGGUGUCCACGGAGAACCUCUCGCAAGUGCACGCAGCCGCAACCACUGCUGAGAGGCCUAGACAAUGGCUGCACGAAGUUUGUUGUGCUCUUUGAGAGGCGGAGCUCCACCCCCAAGCCUUGACUAUGAAGAACAGUAUGAAAUGCUUGUGAAGUACAAGACGAAGAUGCUGGGCAACGUGAAACUUAUUGCUCAUCUACUCAGGUUGAGGAUGUUAGCAGCAAAGAUCAUUUUCCAUUGCAUUGACGAGCUGAUCUCCAUAGGCUCUGCUGAGGCCUUGGAGACGCUUUGUGCUUUUUUGGACACUUUGGGGUCCACCUUCGACAAACCACAGUGGUCUGGCUACGCCCGCUGGGAGGAGGUCUUUCGGAAGGUGAAGCUCUUCACCGAGGACAAGAUGCAGAGCGCGCGUACUCGCUGCCUUCUGAAGGAUUUGCUGGACAAGCGUCAGAAUGGUUGGCAAGAGAAGAAGGUGCACAGCAAGAUGAUGAAAGACGACAAAGUGGAGAAAGUCGAGAAGAAGACUUUGAAUGGGGCAGAUGCUAAGAUGGCAAGCUCACCCUUUUCGAAUGGAAAGGUGGAGAAGAACUCCAAUGGGUGGGAGAGAAAGGUCUGGACGGAUGGAAAGGUGAGCUUUCAUCUUCCGGCAUCUCGAGAGGUCCAGCGGGUCAUGUGAGCCAAAGGAGCUGCGCAUUCACGUGCCCGCUCUAUUUUCCAUAGCGCGCUCCUGUUCGUGAAUAUGCGCCUGAAUUUGUGGCGAAACAGCCCUUGAAUCGUCUAAAACAUACCCUUGCUUGGUGCUGCAAUAGAUUCUCUUUUUGCUGGGGGGCACUGAUUGCCGUGUUUGUCCGG